GUACCAUAAUGGAGAAAUUAUUUGAGCAAUUGUGUAUUUGUACAGAGUUAAUUGAAGCAGGCGUGGCAAGUCAUACAUGCAACAUAGCCUGGCUUAAUAAAUUCUGUGCUACUUUCCAUAAGUUUGCGAGUGAAUUUAAAAUUUAUUUGCCCUGCAAAACUGAUUUAACGAGAUAUAAUAAAAUACAAAUGGAGACGAUUUACUUGUGCUUUACUCAAGUGCUUACUUGUAUAACAAAUUUGGAGCGUAUUAUGCAUACCGAGCGUAACUUUGAACUGUUUGCCACUCGCAAUCAUUUCAUUAACCGCAUUAAUUGGUGCUUGCGACUGCUACACGCCUCUUUAAGCCAACUUUCUGAGGACGCGCAGCUGGAUCUUAAUCUAGAUGACUUGUCUUUUGUGGAAUUGCUGGAUGUAGUGCUGGAUAAACUGGAAACUUUUAAUGAAAUUGUGCCUGAGCUGCAACAUAGUGUAAGCAUUAGAAGUCUGGAUCUUGAUGGACAAUUCCAUGAUGCAAUUAAUCAUAUUAUACGACACGCCUUGGCCUUUGCGAAUGUUGCCUUGGAAGCGGAUAAAAAGGCCUUAAAUUCACUUUGUCAAAGGGUCCUAGACGAGUCAAGUCAGUUUGAACACAAUUUUGAGCAACAUAGUGCCGAAGAGCGUAAGCUGGAGUCAUUGGCGCUCCAACGCUGCAUCUACUGUCUGGAAACAUAUCUCAACGAGGCGCUUUUGCGCCUGGUCUUUGCCAGCCUGCUGGAUGUGGAGGAAAUGUCGGUGAAGAAACUAAAAACUGCUCUGGAGACUAAAGAAAAUACAACGCUAGUGCCUCAACUCAUAGCUGAGCUUGAUUUAAAUAUGGAUCGCAUACAGCAAAUCGGCGUGUUUGCCAUAGCUUUUUCGCAAGAAGCUAAAACAAAAACCAUUGUGCGCAGUUGCUUGGCUUCUUUGGAGGCUUUGGAUUCAGUGCUGGUGCCAGCAUUUCAACUACAAACCACCCCGUCUGCUGUUCAGCAUGCUGACCUUUUGGAGCAGCAUUUUAAUGAGGAGCUGAUGACAUUUCGUAAUAUUAUUCAUGAGAUAAUUGAUAGUCAGGCUUUGAUUAGCAAUUAUUUAGACUUACUAGCGGAUAGCAUACAAAAUGCGGAGCAACUGUACCCCAGUGGAGAGCUUUUGCAGAUAGCUCGCAUGGGAAAUGUUAUUUUACAGCAUUUUCAGCUUGAAGAAAAUUUUCAGAUCUUAUCUAUAGAUGGCAUACGCUUGUAUCAGGAUUUCUUACUAAUAUUAGGGGAAUGUCAAGCUGUACUUGAAUUGGGUACUAGCGUGGAUUUAAAAAGAAUUGUUAAACGUUUUAAAAUUUUAUAUUCUAUCUUAGCUAAGCUACGUGAAGAUUUGUGGAAGAACGCGAAUCAGGUAAAUGCUAGCCUAAAUGAUAAGUCUAUAACAAAUCCAAAUCAAUCUAUAUAUUGCUCGAAAAGACAGAUUUCUUUUGCUAAACAAAGGAGUCGUAAAUACUACAAAUUAAUCAAUAACAGGAGCUUACUUCCCUUCCAUAGGAAUAUUUAA